AUGGAAUCUCAGGACGAGUCUAUGGAACCUCUCAAUUCCGGCUUCCAAGGUUUAGUUCAAAGCGAGGAUUGUAAUCACCCCAAGAGCUAUGUCAGGAAAAGAUGCUCUGCUCGACGCAAUUUCUUCUUGAUUGCUACAUUUCAUCUGUUAGCUUUUCUCUUGUCUUUGCUUGCAGCUGUUGCCGUGGCAAAUCAUAAGACAAUUUACUGGCGCUCUUGCGAGCAAAAAUGUCCGAAACCCCUGAUACAUUCACCAGCUUAUGAUGGAGCGUUGUACAACAUUGUCACAAUUGAAAGUAGCAAAUUAAUCGGGUCGCCAUUCUCUGGCAAUCCGGGCCCAGCAGUUGACAAAGCGUGGGAUGACUUAAUGAGUAGUAUGUCUGCAAAAUUUGACUGUUGGGGAAAUUCUCACACGCACCCAGGAAUAAAUAUACGUAUUUCGGAAGACGAUCUUCGAAAAGUCAAUGGGACUUCAAUAAAACUUGCUGACGGUUCCAACGACUAUUGGGGAUCGAUAGAGGUAUAUCAUCAUCUACAUUGUUUGAAAGUCAUCCGUCAUUACAUAGCCAAGGAUUAUUAUCCCGACGCUCAGAAAUUUGUCACUGAGCCCAGAAUGAUCUAUCCCGAACAUAUUGAGCACUGUAUCCAAACUCUCCGUGAGCACCUCAUGUGUCAACCGGACCUUAGUAUCUAUACUUAUACUUGGCAGCCUAACAGCUAUGACCCGCACGCUAAUGAUCGUACCAAACAUAGCUGUAUUGAUUGGUCGAACUUUGAGGCUUGGUCGGACCAGAGGAGAUUUUCCGAAUAUGACGAACGAGGCUUGCUGAGAAAAGAUGAUGAUUUGGAAGCUAUUCGAAGAUUAAUUACGGCUUUGCAGCGUGGGGUAAAAAAGAUAGUCAACGGUGCACCGGGAUUCAAGCUUACCAUUACCUGGAAUUUCUUUUGGGCUUGUGCUGCGGAAACUUCGACAGGAGCAAUGUGGCCAUUGGCCAACGGCACAGAGGGCAUAUUUGCUGUACUUUCCUUGGGCUCGGGGUUUAUAGCCUUUGGUGUUGAGGACAUAGUUUCAGCUACUGAUUUUUCAGUAUCUUCGCCGAAUAUUUUGCAAGAUCGCGAGUGCUUAGAAGCCGUUCUUUCAGGAUACCUCUCCUGGGGCGCAUCGACUGAGAAUAUUGCCGAAUCUAUAUAUGACAUGGCAAUAUCAUCUUGA